AUGGAUUAUCUCUGGCGUGGACGCACUGGCGCGCACUGCGAUGCCGAGCUUGAAGUUGACAAUCUCAGGGAAUCGCUGCGAAAGAGGAACAACGACUUGAAGAGCGCCCGCAGCUCCAAGCUGAGAUGGAAAGAGGGGUACGAAGAGCAGAAGCGAGCAUUGGAAGACGCGAGAGAUGAAAGUGAAAUGAAGACGAAGCAGCUGGACAGUCUCGUGGUUACCUUACACAUGCUCAACAACGAAUUGCAGAUGGCGACCAACACCGUCGUGCAACGGGAGCACACAAUCUCACAGCUCCAAACCAAGAACCAAGCCCUCGAAACGACGCUUGCGCAGAACAAAGCCCUGCUGGAUACGAGGACGCGAGAGCUCGAGAUGGCACAGGCCUUCCUGACCAAGCAGGAGACGUUCACAGAGAAGGAGAUUAUCGAGCAGAUCGAGGCACUCAACUACGAGAUAUUCCAGGUCGCCAUCGUGCUUUCGGAUGCAUGGGUUGGCAAGGGCAUACAUGGGACGGUUGGGAAACCGAAGGAUGAGAGCGAGCAAAGUCAGACAGUGUUCGAGGAAGUCCAGUCUCGAUCCACUCUGCGAAUAGCCCAAAUAGCCCAGAGCGCGCCGCAGAUGGGAGAUCCACUCUUUCUCCAGAUCGUAUUUCAAGCAUACCUCACGCACGUCGUGGCUUCCCUUAUAAUGCGAUGGGUUUUUGGCAAUCCCCCUUUGGAGAAAGGUAUGAAAAAUGUCUUCAAAGCACUCCGAGACGCAGAACCGCCUGAAAUCUCUGGACGAUGGAGAGCACUUACCCACCGUUAUACGCAAAAGGCGUUUUACAAGGGACCAGCACCGGAAAUCUCGCUCACCGACUACCUCGUGGAGAAAUUGACUUUGUGUGUGCUCUGCGCGGCCCUGGAUCGUGAUCACGCUCAAAUCAAGCAGACGAUCUUCCAGAAAGCAGGCGAUGGACUUCAUGAGGUCGCUACAUUCGCAUUAAAAUUAAACAAGAUUAUCGGAGAGGAGGUCACGGCAAGUAUGCUGUCGCCAAUGGUGAUUAAAGGCGGAGAUGUGUUCGAUGCUCGGAGCAUGGAGGACACAUUCAGUGACCGAGGAGCCAAGACGAAGGUGAAGGAAUCAGUACCUGUGAUGUGCACAACGAGUAUGGGUCUCAUUCGGGAUGUCAUUCGGGAUGAUGGGAAGCUGGAUCGUGCCGUGUUGUUGAGGCCAAAGGUUACAUUGGAGAGUGUGUUGGCGGUGUUGGUGGAGAAGUAG